AGAGCCAUUAUCCGCUCCCGUCUGCCUCUGAGCCAAGCAAAGCCUCAAGCACAUCCAGUAGAACAAUUUCCCAGAGAAACUGUUUGUGCCUGUUUGAAGCUCGUUUCCCUGGGAACCUUGGGUUCUCAGAGCCCACCGGACUGAAGGCAGAUAUGCCUUUCAUUAAGGUGGCAGGAAGAGCCUGACACUCGGCCAGGACAGAAAGAAGAAAACCAGUCACGUGGUUGGCUUUGAUCGAGGAGCAGGGAUAUGAGACAGACUCAAGGAACAAAGGGACAGACAUCAGCUCCUGCCUCUGUGUGUCCCAGCAUGGAGUUCUUGAAGAAGAAUACUCUGCCUUUUCUUCUUGUAUUUGUGUCCAUGUAUAUACACGGGACUCCAUCACAGGGAGCUGACCCAGCUAGGCAAAGAAAGCCAUUUUUCGAGAGACUCCGUCGACUAGAAGAGCAGUUUCAGAGAUUCCAACAGGUGACCUUAACACACCUGCAGGACAUUGCCAGCAACUACAAUGUGUACUACAAUAUGGACGCCCGCUUCCAGGGCCUGGUGGAACAGAGCCAAGCCAUAGCUCUAGCGAUGAAUCAGUCUCAAGCUGCCAUACAAGGAGAUGUGGCCCAACUAAAGACCUGGUUUAGGAAGAGUCAGCGAAGGAGCCGGAAGAUGGAUGCUCGGCUCCAAGCCUUGGACCUCUCCCUGAACACAAAGAACAGGCAGUGGGUGGAGGAGGAGAAGGAGCAAAAGGCACAGAGGGAGGCUACUGCAAGCCUGGCCGUAAGCUUUAGGGCACUACAGGAUGCGCUGGCCAGCCUCACACAGCAAGUCCAUAGCCAGGAUGCCAGGCUCGCUGUUCUUGAGGGACAGAUACAGAGGUCCUCCCCUAGUACUGUGGCCCUGGGGCUGACCACAGCCCCCAGCCCCACCCAGCUUGCUCAUCGAGGCCCUGGUUCCUUGCAACUGUGGAGGAAGAGCCAGGCAUCCAAGUCUUCAUCCCAACACAGGAGUUCCUCCCAAGACUUCACUGUCCACGUCCAGGAGAUGCAGAAGUCCCAAGCCCCAAGCAACCAUCAAGCAGCCUCACUGAGGACCUACCAAGGACCAGGAAACAUUUGCGGCACGGGCCCAGUGCUGAUUUUCCCCAAUACCUCCACUGAAAAUGUGAUCUUUCUCAGCCCUGGCCUCCUCGUGCCCCUACGAGCUCUGACCUUCUGCAGUUGGGUCCGCAUGGCCACCAGCUACCUGGGCACCCUCCUUUCCUAUGCCACCGACGACAAUGACAACAAGUUAGUGCUGCAUGGCCGAGACUCCCUGGUCCCCGGCUCCAUUCACUUUGUGAUCGGAGACCCGAUCUUCAGGGAAUUGUCCCUGCAACCGCUCCUGGAUGGUCAGUGGCACCACAUUUGUAUCAUCUGGACAUCCGUGGAGGGCAAGUACUGGCUCCAUGUAGACAGAAGGAUAGUAGCCACCGGCUCCCGCUUCAGAGAGGGCUAUGAGAUCCCUCCUGGAGGGUCGCUUGUGCUGGGCCAGGAACAAGACACUGUGGGGGGUGAGUUUGACAGCUCUGAGGCCUUCGUAGGGAGCAUAUCUGGCUUGGCCAUCUGGGACCGGGCACUGCUCCCUGGAGAAGUUGCCAACCUGGCCUCUGGGAAAGAGCUCCCGACAGGUGCCCUUCUGACGCUAACCAAUGUCACAUCCGUAGGUGGAUUUGUGCAGAGAGUCAAAUGUACAUGCCUGGAACAGUGUCCGUAAGGCCGUCACACAGAGACUGCAUCACAGUCAAUGCCAUCAAGAAGAGUAAGCCUCAUACCAGAACACUCCCCUGCCGUGACUGCUGAGCUAUGUGCGCCUGUGCUCUAAUGUAGGAGCUUCCCACAUGGAGACGCAGAUUAGACAGAAAAUGUGCAAGGGGAGGAAAGGGGGGUCCAAGAAGGCAACUUCCCAUUGCUGUGGCAUUCUUUGGUUUGCAGUUUUGAUUGGUUGUUGUUUUCUGAACUAGGGUCUCAUCCUGUGGGCCUUAUUGGCUUAGAACUCACUCUGCAUCCCCAGACUGGCUCCAAACCCAUAGCAAUCUGCCACCAGGGUGCUGAGAUUCCAGAUGUGAGUCACCGCUCCCCCACUCCUUUCUCUCUUUUUCUUUUUUCUUUUUUUCUUUUUCUUUCUUUUUUCUUUUUUUCGGAGCUGGGGACCGAACCCAGGGCCUUCUGCUUGCUAGGCAAGCGCUCUACCACUGAGCUAAAUCCCCAACCCCUUCUCUCUUUUUCUUUUGACAGAUUCUCACUAUAUAGGCCAGCUUAGCUUGCAUUCAUGACCCUCCACCCUCUCAAGUGCUAAGACACUGGCCUUCACGGUGAUAUUUUUACAGGCUGCACCUUCAAAGCCAUUCUUGUUUCCUGUGUGGUCUUUUACCCCAGCUGAGUUGGCAGACAGGAACAUUGGGGCUGGGUGGACUUCCUUCUAAAGCACCUUUGUAGCCACGAAAUGCUGUCAGACAGAUGAUAGAACCUGGGGACUCCCUUGAAGUUAUAAGAAGUACUUUUACCAUAGUUGUCUCUUCUCAUAGCGCUCUACCACUGAGCUAAAUCCAAAAAAAGGGAUUGGGGA